AUGGCUCAGCCGACCAGUGGCCUCUGUUCUACUUUUGGCUUCCUCAUCUGCCUCCUCUUCCUUUCUGCUUCUUGGGAGGCAGGUGCUAACACAGUUCAAGAGCUUCAAAAGACUGGUGAACCUUCAAUAUUCGAUCAUUUACUCCUUCUUACUCCGGGUCUUACUCAGAGAGCUCCUUCUGAUUACAAAAACUCAGGGCAAGAUCCUCCAGACCUCCCUGAGUUUACAGCAACCCAGAAGCCCAAAAAACAGUGCAACACCACUCGUCUUGUCAAACCAGAGCACAAACCUGUAGACAACGCCAAAGCUGCAGACUACGGAAACACCACUGUCCAUCAUGAAACGCCUCUGGCUUCGGGAAAGAAUCUCAGCAGCCAAGGAAAACACCCAAUGGCCCGGAAUGAACGCUCUGCUGACGAGCCCGGAUCCACUAACUCAGACAAGUUGUCAGAUGGAAGACAUCCGACCUCAGCACCCAGGAGAAGCACAACUUGUAGGUCUGCAACAAGUCGAACCAGGGUAACGAGGAAAUCUGGUACACCAGUGAUUCCCACAGAGACCAGCUCCAGGCUAAGGACCACCUCACGGAAGCCCACAAUUUCCCCUGACUCAGAGCUUAUUAAAAACAGUUCUUCCCCAGGAAAGUCCACAGAAGCCCCAAGGACCUCAUACAAGACUCCAAAGACCCCAACAACACCAGGAGCUAAACAUCACACAACUCUAUUUGCCUCAGACAAGUCUGUCCAGACAAGUACAGAGCACAUUAAAGAAGUCACAUCAGCCAGGGAGAAGACCACAAGAUCCCGGUCGGCAUCCACUGAGCAUGAAGGAAAGACCGGGCCAGCUAGUGAGAAUACCUCGCAAGCCCAGGGGCUUCCUGUAGAACACCAUACCGCAUCGGCCAGUGAAAAUAUGACAGAGGUCUCAGCAAAAUCCACAAAAUACCCAGUAGGGGCCACAUCAAUCACUGAGAAAGCCACAGAGAAUCCCACAGUAUUCCAGAGGAAAACCACAGUAGCCACUAAGACGGUAAAGGCCACAGGAACUCCAGCAAAAACAUCAGUAAUCUUGGAGACCACACGACCAGUCAAUGCCACAGAAGACACGUCUACGGUUCCCUCUCAUUUCCAUAAAACCGAGACCUCGCACCAAGGGGCCAUUGGCUCUUUGACAUCCAGAGUGGACCUGGGACCCACCACUUCAGAAGCUCACCACUCCCAGCAGAACACGCACAGCUUACCUGGAGGCCUCCACGGUGCUGGGGAGAGAGGGGAGAAUAAUUCGUUCCCUGCGUGGGCUAUAGUUAUUGUGAUCCUCCUGGCUGUGAUUAUUCUGCUGAUUAUCCUUGGCCUGAUCUUUUUGGUCUCCUGCGCAUCACGAGCACGCCAUGUACUGACCCAGAACUCAGAGGACGCCGAGCCCGAGGACAAAGGGGGCCGUAAUUCCUACCCAGUCUACCUGAUGGAGCAGCAGAAUUUGAAACCAAACCAGAUCCCUUCCCCACCAUGA